UUUUAGGGUGAUGAAAUGAAGAAAUUGGGAAUACAGCCGAUUCCUAUGAUGGACAGAGACAAGAAGGAUGAAGUCCCACAAGGCCAGCUUGAGUUCUACAAUGCUGUAGCCAUUCCCUGCUAUACAACCCUUACCCAGAUCCUCCCUCCCACGGAGCCUCUCCUUAAAGCAUGCAGGGAUAAUCUCAGUCAGUGGGAAAAGGUGAUUCGAAGGGAGGAGACUGCAGCUGGGAUUUCAUCCCACUCCUUGGCUCAGAAGGCAGCUGCAUGUGAAGACUGAGCCCUGAUCGCCCGACACGCCGUCCCACCCACAGAUCCUCAUCUUGCUUUGUUGACAUUUUUUCCUUUUUUGGAGGGGGUGGGAGGAACCUACACCUGGUAACUGGGGCGCAGACCUCUUCAAGAAGGUAACAUCAAGUAAAUAAGUCAAGCAAA